ACUCUUCUCUAUUCCCUUCGCCUCAUCCUCAGCGACAACACAUUCGCUGGCGCUGAAGGGCGCUUGAGGCGCACUGGUAGAGAGACUGCGGCUCGUAGAGUCAGUAGUGGUGGCGCUGUAAGGUCACGGGUGACAUUUUCGGGAGUAUCUUAUCCCGUCGGAGUUCGUCUCUCAUCUUGACCAACGCCUCUUCCUGGGCGUCGUGGGUCAACCACGCAACGACAUGUCUGCCCGCUAUGCUUUCGUUACGCUCGUCACCUCAGACGGCUAUUUGCCCGGCGCACUUGCGGUAGCAGCAGCAUUGAGGGAAGUUCAUCCCUCGCCUCCCGUUGACCCGGAGGUCCCCUUCCAGACGGUUUGCCUUGUCACACCGGAAACCGUCGAUGUCAAAACUAUAAAGCACCUCCGGAGGGCUUUCGACUCUGUAAUUGGUGUCGAAGUCAUUGAGGAGAACACGUCGGCCGAACUUCAAUUGCUUGGUCGGCCAGAUCUACACACAGUCCUCACAAAACUACAUGUCUUUCGUCUAGCACAGUUCGACAAAAUAAUUUUCCUUGAUGCUGAUGUGCUCCCCAUUCGGCCCAUAUCACAUCUAUUUUCUCUGCCGCAUGAGUUCUCCGCGGCGCCGGACAUAGGUUGGCCGGAUAUCUUCAACUCCGGGGUAAUGGUCCUUUCUCCGGGUGAAGAUAAAUUCAAUGAAAUUCUGAGCCUAGUCAAAAGUAAAGGAAGCUGGGACGGAGGAGACCAAGGUGUACUAAAUGAGUGGCGUGGAAGCAACUGGAAUCGGAUCAGUUUUAUCUACAAUACAAUCCCUAACCUGCAAUACAAUUACCCUCCCGCAUACGAGCGGUUUGGUAGUGAAAUUGCUGUCCUUCAUUUCAUUGGAGAGAACAAACCGUGGAAGGAGCUUCCUUAUCGUGCUCCGUCGUCAGCUUCUCAAAAUCUCCAACACCAGCAUCAAGCAUCCAGUUCAGAGCAGCAUGUUUCCCAACAACUUCCGCUAUCUCAGACCUCACUUCCAAUAUAUGCAUAUGGCUCUUUAGUGGAUCGCUGGUUUGACGUUUAUGAUAGAAAUUACCGUCGACUCGUCCCCGCAACGGAAGCCGAAUUUGAAGCAAAGAAGUAUUCAAACGUAUGGGACGACAAUGCGGACGCUCCCCGCGAAAAUAAGCAAGCCGCUUCUGACAUGGCUCAUGGAGAAGUGCUCAGGUUGGAAGAUCUACGGAAGCUGGCAAUGGAAGGAGGUAGUUCUAGCUCGCGCCAGACAGGUGAAGGAGAGUACCACAGCCUUCCCUUGGAAGGUCGCGUAGAUCUCAUGCGCCCGAAACCACAGCCUCCUCGGGAAUCGGCCAUGCUAGAGCACCGUGAACACGAAGUCUCUGAAGGUCGUGCCCGCACGCCUACCGCUGAACAGCCGCACUGGAAAGGACACGAAUCUCUGCGACAGGAAUCUCCUCCUACCCCUGGUCCGAAUGAAGUUCCACCAUCGCCUCACAUUGCUCCACUACCGUUGCCACCGUCUGCUUCUGUUUCACCCGCGUCCAUUACACAGAAUUUGCCUAGUCAACAAGAAGGCGGCCAGAGUCAUCCUUCGAGUCAGCAUUCGAUUUCAACUGAGGAUUCUGGUGUUGUUGGCAAUUUGUCUCAAUUUACGCACUCUCGGCCUGACCAAAUAUCUUAUCAACAUACUGAACAGCAAGAUCAUCAAACUCAGCAUCACGAAGCCCAGCCAGGUGAGCCUCGAAGGCCCGUUUCGCCCCCACUCCUUAGUUGGAAUCCAGCAAUUGAACCCCCUCCAAAUGUACCACCUACUACUUCAGCCUUUCCUCCGGAUGCGUAUUUCCCAAACGCUUGGGAUAUACCCCAAAGUACUAGCUUUGGCAAGAUGCACGAUGCCUUGACUGGUCCUACAACAACUACGUCACAGUUCUUCCAACCGCCUCCACAGACGCAUAUUCCGACGCGUCUUGUCCAAGAAGGUCACUACAAGAAUGUCACGGGUCUCCAACACGACAAGCCACCACAGCCCGAUAUUUCGAAAGUCACUUCCGUUUUCCCGUGGGAACAAAAGCCACGCCACAUACCAGGCAGAGUGUUUCCCGAGGGUGAAACUGGGCCUCCUAACGCCCAGUACAUUGAAAACUUGGCUCAUACCGAGCCCGAACAGGAGACCGAACUACAGACUCCAGAUAUGACCCAAGAAGAGAAAACACAAGCAGGAAGCCCGAAAAUCCAAUUACCUUCUCCCUCAAUUGGCUUCCCUGGUGCAAGAGGUUAUAGCAAUGCUUGGGACUCGGUGCCAAGUAUCCAGAAGUACGCUGCGCGACUGGCGAAGCCGUCGACAACAUCGCUGCCUCUGACUCUUCCACCUCCUCGUAUAAGAAAACGUUCCGAUAGCUACAGGAGCCGUGGUGAGCAGUCGGAUGCAAACAGCAUGGAUGGCGAUGUUGAGGAUGAAGUCGACGACGACGACAGUGACGCAGGGCGCUUUUCAAGUAGCGAACGUUCGAAUGGUGGAAGGUCAAGGCGAGGAUCAAAGGCUGGCUUAAGUACACCGCCCUCGGCCACAACACGUGCACGGAGUGGCAAAAAAGAAUAUCGAUCGUAUGGUGUGCAAACCGUUCCUAAAGACGUGCGCAAUGUUGCGGUACAGGUGUCUCAAGUAAUUUCGACUUCUACAGGAAACAUGAGCAGCAAGAAUGCUCCAAAACCGAGCUCCACCGUGUUCCCUCUAAGUGGGAAACCGCAUAUCGAGCUUCCAAAGCAACCGCCGGUGCAAGAAUUACCGACGGGUCUCGAACCGACAGCAUUGGCUACGCCCUCGUCGGCCAACGUAGAGGCAUUUAUCAGGCCUCCCCCUGCCCGCCAAUCUCAUGGGCUGCCAACAGGCAUGUUGUCACCUAGACUGCAUGACGUAUACACGUUUGGAUCUCCUAAUCGCACUCCUCCCAAUGCCACGCCAGGUACUCAGACCCCAAUCACUCGCAGGCAAAGCGAGGCUGCAAAACCUGCGUCACUCAGUACUGAGAAAUCACAGCCACAGCCGCUUCCGCACGCAGUUGUUCGGACAUCAUCACAAGAGACAGCUGACUCACCGUUGGGACCUGCGUCUCCUGUGGAUAGUCCACCGACUGGACAGCCGAAGAGACCAGCUGGACGUAAAUGGGAUCCUGCGACUGGUGUUGACGUGUUCAAACGAACGUCGGAGGAAGUUUUGGCAAGAUUUUUACGACUCGGUUCUUGGGAAGACGAGUCCCAAUCACAUGUUCACCAUACUCACGGAUAGGAGUUGGUAGUGUUGCCUAUCACUGAUUUAUGCAAUUUGUCGCAAGCGGUGUGUUUUUUGUUUUCCUUUUUCUAUUCUUAUAUUUUCUUUGCUCCAAUUUCCUCGAACAUUUAGCUUUGUAGUUCAUUCUUUCAUAUUGUUUUGCGUUAUGGUUACGAUUGCUCCCGAUCAUGCAUUGCUUCUAUACCCUCGUAUGCAACAUAUUUCCUCGAUGCUCAAUUGGAUCACCCCCCAUCAAUUCCCUGCUCUUUCUCGCAAUUUGUCUUGUUUACUUGUCAUUAUUUCUCUCGUGUCAUGUCACUGCCAGCACUAGUGUUACUACUCAUCUAUCUCUUUGUUGCUUUUUAUUCUUCUAUCGCAUAUUCAACUGCUGCUUGUAAGGGUCGGAUCACUCGCUGCUUAGAUUUGCAGGAAGACGGUACCGUCUGUCGUUUUGUUAGUACAGUUUUGCACAUUGCCUAACCUCCC